AUGAUCCUAUCCCUGCUUAUCGCGACGGCCGCCGUGCUCGCCUCGGCGGCCGACGCCAGCACCACCGACGCCAGCACCACCGACGCUAGCACCGCCGCCGCCGAGUGCACACACCCGCCAUACCGGGUCUACAAAGUGUCGUCGUCGCCACUGAUCCUGUACCUAGAAGGCUUCCUGACACCCGGCGAGCAGACGCAUUUACUCAACGCAACAGCAUCCCGCUUCCGGCGGUCCGUCGUCGCGGGCUCCGAUGGCGCCGCGCAGCAGUCCACUAUCCGCACGUCGCAGUCGACGGACCUCGACCACCACGCCGACAACGUGGCCGCGUGCAUCGCACGGCGGGCGCUCGACCUGCAGGGCUUCGAUGCGCGCGACGCCCAGCUCGAGCCGCUGCAGCUGGUGCGGUACGCGGCCGGCGAGGAGUACGACGUGCACACGGACUGGCUGGCCGACGGCGCGUAUGCGACAGCGCCCAACGGCGGCAACCGGGCGACGAGCUUUUUCGUCUACGUGCACGUGGCGGCGGGGACGACGGGUGGCGGCACCAACUUCCCGCUUGUGGUCGCGCCGCGCGACGGGCGGUGGUGCGCGCGCGGGUUCGUCGAGUGCGACGCGCCGUACGCCAGCGGGCUGACGUUCCGGCCGGUCGCGGGCAACGCCGUGUUCUGGGAGAACCUGGCUGGGGGUGGUGGUGAGGGAGACGCGAGGACCGAGCACGCCGGGCUGCCGCUGACUAGUGGCGACAAGGUCGGCAUGAACAUCUGGACCAGGCAGCUGCCGCUGAGCCAAGAGGCGCGGAGGCGCGACGUGCCGCUGGACUUUUAG